ACUUGGACAGAGGGGUGGCACUGGACAUGGUAUACUUGGACAGAGGGGUGGCGCUGGACAUGGUAUACUUGGACAGAGGGAUGGCGGUGGACGUGGUAUACAUGGACAGAGGGGUGGCACUGGACGUGGUAUACUUGGACAGAGGGGUGGCGCUAGACGUGGUAUACUUGGACAGAGGGAUGGCGGUGGACGUGGUAUACAUGGACAGAGGGGGUGGCGCUGGACGUGGUAUACUUGGACAGAGGGGUGGCACUGGACGUGGUAUACUUGGACAGAGGGGUGGCGCUGGACGUGGUAUACUUGGACAGAGGGAUGGCGCUGGACGUGGUAUACUUGGACAGAGGGGUGGCGCUGGACGUGGUAUACUUGGACAGAGCGGGUGGCGCUGGACAUGGUAUACUUGGACAGAGGGGUGGCGGUGGAUGUGGUAUACUUGGACAGAGGGGGUGGCGGUGGACGUGGUAUACUUGGAUUUAGCAAAAGCAUUUGACACAGUUCCCCACACACGGCUACUGUGUAAGUGGUGU